AUGUUGUUUCCUUUCCCGACCAUGCCAGAACAGAUUGGACCGCCAUCUCGUUUCACGGUAAGGAUGACACGGCCAGUGAUUGCUGUUCUGUUGUUGCAGAGCAUCUGUUGUAUCAUGCGGUUCGGGUUGUUGCUCGACAUCUUGGGCGGCUUCGUCAUGUUGAUCUGCGUUGGCUUUGGCUGGUACGCAUGGUGGCAGGAGAUGAACAUCACGUACAUCUGUUACUGGGGUAUGAUGUGUUUGAUCCGGGGCAUUUUUGACGUCGUGAAGCUCAUUGAUCACGAGGUGCAUAGCAGGCACCCGUUCUUUUCCAGCCAUAUGCCGACGGCCGUCAUCGCUCAGCAGGCCAUUUACUACGCGACUCCGCUCACGAUGUUGUUGGGGGCGCUUCUUGCGUACCUGAUCUACGUCAGGAGGGACGACAACACUGAGGCGUACAACUCGGGCCGGUCCGACUGGAGCUACGGUGCGGCCGAGGAAGGUUCCUGGGCCACCAGGCCCUCCGCGAACUGCAGCUUCCAGCAGUUCGGCGGCACGGGGCGCAGACUCGGCACCAGCUGA